AUAGCUCUGUUAGCACUGCAAGUCUAAAUUACAUCAUUAAUCUUGUUGAUGCUGCAGCUAUAGCCUAGUUUAAAUCAAUGAUGAACUUGCUAUCAUGGAAUCCUAUAUCUCUUCUCCUUACUUUUAUGUGGAUUUUUUCAUUUUCACAAGCAUCAUACUUGGAUUUUCCAAGGGUUCAUUUCUACGGAAAAUAUCGUGCAGAUGCUUCUACACCUAAUAACUAUCGCUGCAACUUUGACCCCAAUAUUGAUGAUCCGUUUGAAGAUGAUCCUAAUGGUAAUUGGAACUAUAUUGGUACAAACGAAUUCUCAAUCCAAGACACUUCUGUUACAGGAGUCACAACUGAUAGUGGAGUGACUGACGAUGAAGUAAUAGGAGCUGCAAUUUUAGACAGUGGUAACCAUCCUUUUGCAAAAAUGGUAGACAUAGACACUGAAUGGCAAGGGGCUGCUAGUGUUAUAUAUGGAAUGGUGUUUAGGAUAGUAUGGAGCGAUGGUGCAGAAGCCCUAAGAGGGAAUUGGACUCCAAGCUCAAUAUCACAGAGCAUGUGGAAGAGAAUGGUUUGCACUGAUGGUGGUUCAUCCACUCAAGGAGCAUUGUCAACUACAACUAUCAAUGACAUUGAAUGGGGAGAUUUGAGGGGAUCAACUGUACUUAAAAAGUUAAAGGGAUUGAGCACAAAAGGGAACAACAAAUUACAGUUGUCAGUCUCAUUGAGUGGAUAUGGUAGAGAAAAUAAUGGCUUCACACGUGGUUUAAUGACUGGAACAAUUGGAGUCAGUAAAGACACUGAACCUUUAAAUUAUGGAGGGGAGAGGCUCUUAAGUAAAACUGAAAUAAAGCACCCACCUGAUAUAAGCAAUAUACCACCUGAAGAUUCAUGUUCUGGGCCACUAAAAAAAUGGAUGAGUGAUGCUCCAUUUGAAGUGAAUGGAGAUUUGCUUUCAAUAGACUUAAGCAAUUCACUGCCAAGUGACUCGAAUGGAAAUCUACUAUACAUCAAUCCUCUUUAUGCUGGUAUAUUGCAUGACCAGGAGCGAGUAUGUAUAGAGGUAUUAGGGAAUGAAAUUCAUUAUUGUGGUCAGGACCACAGUGGUUCUUGCAACAGCAAUGACUGGUUGAAAUCAACUGGUGGAAUAGUGGACAUUGAACUAAAUUAUUUUCAAAAGGAAAAGCUACUCUCCUCUUCUUCACUGGUUUUAGCUUUAAUGCAAGACAAGAGCUCAGAAACUAAUGAAGUCUAUCCUAACUGUUAUGCAUUGCCUACUUCUAAGCAUAACCUAAAGUUGAUGCUGAAAGAGACUAACUACUACAUGCGACCAAAAGAAGAAUAUUCAUUCUUUAUUCAUCCAUCUGUCUCUAUGUCUGUCAGUGUUCCCUUUCUUGUUUCACAAUUUGGAGAACCGGUAGCUAAUUUAGAUGUUAAAGUUGGGAGAAAAAAUAACCCUAUUCCCUAUGAUGGUGUAAGUCCUUCUUUGAAUGUCAAAACAGAUGAAAAUGGAGUUGCAUUGUUUACUUUCACUGCAGUAAAGGAAAUGAGUUCACUUCGAGAAUAUAGUAAGCCUCCUUGUAAAGAUAGUGCUGUAAUGAAACUUCCCAUUGAUGGUCAAGUAUAUGCCUUUGAUUUCUGUCCCAGUGAAGGAGAAGAGGAUCAACAGUGUGCAAGUUUUUCACUUAAUUCAUUAGUAAUUAGAGCCUUUUCUAAUCCAGAAUAUGAUCCAGACAAGACUUACACGUGGGUGGAUCACAUCCAACCAAUAUUUUCCCAAUACCAUCACCUAUAUCCUGUCAUGCACGGUAUACUCAAUUUGAGCAAUUAUUACUCUGUCACUUCACCCCAAAAUAUUGGCCUAUUAAACCUAUCCAUGAGCCUUGACAUAAAUGACGCUAGUUAUAUGCCUGUUACUAGGGAUCUACCGGAACCUCAGCGAAAAAUGAUACUAAAAUGGUUGGAGAAUCCAGUAAAGCAAUUAGAGGAGAUAAAUGCUCGUAUGGAUGAUACUAGUGAAGUUUUACCUGAGUUACAAUGUGAUGAACCAAACCACAUAGCAGCUAUAAGUAUGUUUGAGGAUUAUGCUAAACUGCCUACAUGCCAGGCUCGUGCAAUUCCUUUCAAUAUUAAGGAUUAUUGUGAAAAAUUUGUUGAUCAGUAUUAUUUUGCAACGCUACAAAUUCCAAAAAGUUACCGUGGGUUAAAGAAUAAAAAUUGUCCAGAAGAUAAGCGCCCUCUUUAUAAAUACAAGAAAAAUUCUCAGGAUCCCGAAAUACAGAAAAAGUGUACUGAUGAAAAUCUGUGGGAGCAGUUACAAAUUGGCUUAAAAUUGGAACUGGCAACUAUACCACUCUAUAUGACUUCUCUAUACUCUAUUGGUGAUGGAUGCAAUACUCAAGUAUAUAAAACUAUUCGUGGGAUCCUCAUGCAAGAGAUGCUCCACUUGGCUCUUGUGGGCAACAUUAUAAAUGCAAUGAAUGGAGGCCAUCCUAUUAUUGAUAGUCCUGAUGUUGCACCUAAAUAUCCAAGUGUAGGACUUCCUGGCUGUGUACAUCCAUCUCUUAAAGUUCAUUUAGAAAAAGUUUCAAGAAAACACAUAUACACCGUACCAUUGGUGCUUGAGAAGCCAAAAUUAUCUUGUGUCACUGAGGGUAGGAACAGAAAUAUCUUAGGACUGCUACUACACAAUACAAUAGGAGAGUUUUAUACCGAAAUAGAGCAGUGCAUGCAAAAAUUUGAAGAGAAUGGAGAAGAAGUUUUUCAACCCAACAAUUUUCAAGUCUCAUGGCCUUGGACGCCUUUCUAAAGAACUAGGUACUCUCAUUGAAGUUAAAGAUACUCAAACUGCAUUAGAUGCAAUCAAAGAGAUAAAAGAGCAAGGAGAAGGUGCUAGUCCAAUAGAUCCCACAGUAAGUGAUGGGGAUCAGUUAGGACAUUAUUAUCAAUUGAUGGAAAUUGUCUGCCAAAAGAAACUAGUAAAGAAUGAGGAUGACAAGUAUUAUUCAUACAGUGGAGCUGACAUUCCUUUUGACUCUAAAGGUGUGUGGCCAAUGAGAGACGAUCCGAGCAAAGAAGGCACAACUGGGAACUGCUACACAGAAGCAAGAGCAUUCCACACAGCCUAUCGCAAUCUAUUAAGAGAGUUACAUGCAACCUUUGGUGGUGAGCCUGAAAGGAUAGCUUCUGCAGUAACAAUUAUGGAGUCUCUUCUUGUUCAUGGCAAACGUGUCAUGAGGGUUCCGUUGACUCCAGAGAGUGAGGAAACGUGUGGACCAGUCUGGGAUUAUGAAUGGGAAGAAAAACAAAAUUAAAUGGAGCAAGUAGUACUAACUUCUGCUGAAUGCUAGAUUUACUUUGAAAAUUUUUAGGCCUUUUAAUAGUUAACAAUUUUUGGCUUUAUACUUUUAGUUUUGUUAUUAUCAUUAUGAUUAGAUGUAAAGACGUAUUUGCAUGAUUUUGUUUUUUGGCCGAA